AUGGGUCUCUUUUCUUCCAAGCAUGCUAGCGGCGGCGAUGGCAAGCCCCUCUCGCUCGAUGUGAUUGCCAGCCGCCCGAAGCUGGAGCCGCAUGAGGUCAGCCUUCUCCAGCUCACACUCCAUGGCGUGUACGCAACGCUGGCAGCGCAUGUGUACUGUGCUGCAGCGCCAGAGACGGCGAUGCAGGUGCCCCUACCUGACGGCUGGGAGGUUUUGCUCCGGUGCUCGAGUCUGCACCUCGACAAGGAGGGGUACUUCGCCGUCGCGUAUGUGCACCGUGGCUCACGCCACUGCAUCAUAUCGGAGCGUGGUACCUCGGAAGUUCUCGGACUCCGCGCCGGCAUCUGGAUGUACUUUGAGCAGCCCACUAUUCAGUUCUUCCUGGCCGCGCAGUUUUCCAAGGCGGUGCGGCACAAGCUGGAGGUGAUGGAUAAAGUCUGCAGUGGGUCGUGGUUCGUCUCCUACACUGGGCACAGCCUCGGCGCCGUCAUCGCGGGCUGCCGCGCGGUGGAGGAGGGCACGCUAGCCGUCACCUUCGAAUCGCCCGGUGCGCGGGUCUUCAUUGAAAAGACGCUUGACGCUUCCAGCAGCAUGGAUGAGCACCUUAUCACCUACUUGCGGGCUCCCAACCCGAUCAACACCCUGAAGCCGCAGUGCGGGUAUGUGAUAAUGAUACCAACCCAGCAGGUCGCGUUGCCCAGCGGCACCCUCUUUCUCGCACCGUCCAACCCGGCCGCCGCCGAAGACGAAGACGAGAGGCAGUCACCGAGGAGCGGGAGCGCUAGAAAGGCGUCCCGCACGCCCAGCAAAGUCCCCUUGUCGUUGCCAUCCUCCACAAACCAGAGUGGGUGCGCCGGUCUAGUGGCAACCUCGGUUACCACGGCUGCAUCGACGGGCACCACUGCAGCCGCAAGCGUUGCGGCUCGAUCACCAACCCCACCCUCUGUGCCUGCCAGUAAUAGCAACAAUAGCGCCCCCGGGGUUGCCGUCGCCAGUGCGCCGGCUCGUUGGAGAAUCCCGUCCUUCCGUCCGCAAGAGUACCUGCGCGGCUAUCUGUUUGGCGGGGUGGGCAUGGGCGUUCCGGAGCUACAGCAGUAUGUGGGUAAAGUGGAGCCGAUGAUUCGCGAGAUGCUUGAGCACACGCAGCAGGUGCACUCUAUUCACAGCCUGCGCAGCCACUUUCAGAAAAAUGACGAGCCAGGCGACGAGGAGGUGGUGCUGCGGUGGCCCUCGCAUCUGCUCCAGUUCAUGGAGUUCUACAACACCACCCGCGCACUCGAGGACCCGGAGAAUCAGGAUACCGGAGUGAAGGAGGCGUAUCUGGGGCUCAUGCGGCGACUCUACUACACUGAGCCGCGCCGGCGUGACUGCAUCCCAACCAAGUAUCUGGACUCUAGGAGCCUUCUCGUUGUGCGGAUGUGGUGGAGCAUGGACACGGCACAGCGAAGGCAGUGGCCGCUAUCCCUCAUGGAUCAUAAAGCGCUCAACGUUAUCCAGAUCAAAGACGGGUAUCUGUGCUCGUAUGUGAUAACUGCCAUGCAAGCCAAGCAAUACUUGAUCCGCCUUGUAGCGCGCCCCGAGGUAAGUGCGAUGAUCGACCAGUGGCAGAGAGAGCGAACCGGCGGUAGCACAGGCGCUGGUUCACCGCAGAGAAGCAAGCUGUGA